CUGUUGUAUAACAAGUAACAAACAUUCCACGUCGUGCACGUUUUAAUAAUCAAUUUCAGAUAUUUUGAGAACGAUGCGCAUGAAUAGUUGGUAGUGAACACACCCCUUCAGCCGGCAUGAGCCGGAAGUGCACCGGUGAAAUGUCCCCGGAGGAGGGCAUGGAGGUGGAUUACCAACCAGAGGAUCUACCCAUGUGCUCCUAUGACGAGCGCUGUGUUGAGCACGGUGUUAAAGACAUGAGGCUGGAGGCUGAAGCCAUCGUCAGCGACGUCCUUUUCGCAGUAAACAUGAUGUUCGUGUCGAAAUCUCUUAGCAACGGCUUGGAUUUGGCUUUUAUCAACGUGGAGACGAGAGAAGGAAAGCGCUACUGCUUGGAGCUCAGUGAAGCUGGGCUCAGGGUGGUGGGACACACCUUUGACCAGACGGAUGCAGGUCUGAGCGCUCAGUAUCAUGAGACUGUUUACUCGCUCCUGGAUUCUCUGAGCCCAGCGUACAGGGAAGCAUUCGGAAAUGCUCUGCUCCAGCGACUAGAGAGGCUCAAACAAAAUGGACAAUGAAAAGUUUAGCCCAAACCCAGGACUUGCUUCCAAACAUCUUUUUCUAGCUAGUGUUUAUGCCUGACAUCUGUGCAACAGCCAGCUUCAAGCAUCAUCGGCACCCUUUUCCUAUCUAAAACACAUUACUGGCUUAUUUUAGUUGUGCUCUUAAUUUUACAGACUGUUUGGUCAGAUUCUAAUUAGCUUUACAGUUAGGGACAAUGUUUUUAUUGGGUUUUAUGGUAUGAAAUAAAAAGAGGGUGUCAUGAUUUUGAGAAGCGUAGGGCAUCAAAAUACUGAACAUACUUUUGCACAUGACCAAUAACAAAAUUUGUUAAUCACUUGGUCAGCCAAUAUUGUGACUAGAAACAAAAGCCAGCUCUCUGCUGUUUUAGCAUAUAAAGCUUUACUAUUUGGACUAAACUGGACCUGAAACGCUGCUUGUUUUUUUAAAAACUGGUUGGUUUCUACGAUGCCUUAUUGUGAUGGUCUGGAAUGUGGUGUCCAAUGUGAAAAUUCUUUACAAUAUACUUUUAGUUUGGAAAUGUGACUCAUCUCGUGUAUGUUUUACUUUGCCGUCUUGCUCAAAUGAUUGAUUUAUUACUUUGCUUUCUUUAGCAUCAGUUGUAUUAGAAAGGUUAUGCUUUCAGCAGAUAUGGUGUUAUUUUACCUAACAUUUAUUUAAAGCAAACAGUAUAUAGCAAUAUAUAGAGUUUGGGCUGCAAGACGAAAGAAAAUAUCAUUUAAAAUGUCUGUUUAAAAUGUACAUAAUGCAUUAUUUCCCUGACAUUCAGUGUCAUCAGCCGACAUUUUAUUUCGAAUUAUAUUAGUAUGAUUUUGGCACAGCAGCCUUAAACUCUGUUUCAUAAAAUCACAGUAGAAGAAACAGCAGUUAUUUCACCAUUUAACUGCAUACCCUUAAUUGUUCCCCACAUAGUUUGAAAGAGCGACACUUUGAAAAAGCUGAUGCUUUAUUAUAUGUAGGCUUUUGGCCUGAAGCAGAUUUUGCUGCUUUGUGAAAAUGAGGCUAAUCAUCCAGACUGUACUUUUUUUUUAAUUAGUGCACGUUUUCUGCAAAGCUCAAUAAGUCUGAAACCAUAAACACAUUCACUAAGUGCUGGAAGUUUAUUUUGAAUCUCUAGGCAAAAAAAUUGUGUGGGUGUGUGUAAGAGACUGAAAAGUGAUAAACAAUUUAAUAAAAGCACACAAGUACUUUGGUA